CACAUGUCGAGCUGACAGCUCAUACUAUUUUUGCAGCCUCUUGUACAAAACCCAGGCAACACACAACCAACCUCUCUGAAGACUCAACUCACGGAGCUUCUAGCGGGGCGCAAGAUGACCCUCAGCAUGAGCAUGAAUGGCUCCGAGUCGGAACAUGAGUGUAUGGCCAUGUCAGCCAUCUUCCGCGGGGGCACGCAAAUCACCCUAUUUGCCUCUGCUUUCUCCACCACCUCCCCGGGCGCUUAUCUUGCCGCCCUGAUAGCCCUAUUUCUGCUUGCAUGGUUCAACCGCUUUCUCACUGCUCUUCGCUACCAGAUCGACGCCACGCAAAUCCCCGGCUCAGUUGCGAGUAGCCUCCCACUGCAGUCGUUUUCGGGGCUUGAAGAAUGGGACGACGGGGCCAAUUCGGCUCCCAGCGCGGACCUUAUUCCCGGUCAUGAAAAGGCCUAUGCCAGCAACGAUCGGCUGCUCCUCCGCCGCCUUGCUUGUCCCUUCCCCACCUGGGUUGCUUCGAGACCGUGGCGCUGGCAGACCGAUGGCCUUAACACUCUCCUGGAGGGCAUUCGAGCGUUGACCGGCUAUCUGCUAAUGUUAGCUGUCAUGACAUUCAACCUCGGAAUCCUGGCCGCCGUUAUGGGAGGCGUCAUGGUCGGGGAACUCACUCUCGGCCGCUUUUCACAUUCUGCUCAGUCUGCAUGGCAGAAUGGGGCCUGUCAUGAUGGAUAGUUUGCGUUUUUGUUUCGGGUGUUUCCGGUGGCGGUUUCUCUGUAUAGCCUGUAGUCCUUGAUCUGAUUUCUAUCCGCGAGCUACUUGCAUGUAUCUCCA